AGUUCCCUGGCCAGUUAGACGGCUUAGACAUUCGAACGGUACGGACGUGUCUCUAAAAAGGUGCUAAGGGAACUUUUCCGCUUUCGUCGUCGUCAAAUUAUUGGUGGUCGUCGUCGUGAAUUCAAAUCAAAUUAUUGUACUUCAAAUAAUAAUAAUUUUCAAUCUGUAAAAAAAAUAUCUUUACAAAAUAAAGUCAAAACCAUCUAUUGCAAUUUUAAUACAAAAUAAAUCGACAAAACGGAAAUACUCGUCUGAUCUACAUCCACUGUUCGAGGGCUUGGACUAAAAGUACUAACGAGACUAUAUCCAGACUAGUAGUUUACUCCUUUUGGUGGUGUUAACUUUUUAUGGUGCACACGAUUUCCCAUUGAAUUUCACGCACUAAUAGUUUUGACCGUUUGUUGUUGCGUUGGUUGGGUAAUUCGUUCGAGUGCUUUAUUAAUCUGAUUUUUUUUCAAAUAAAAAAGGAAAAAUAAUAAUAAAUAAAUUUAUGUAAAAGCAACAACAACAAGAAGAAUAGAAAAUAUAACGAAUGUGCAUCGAAUAGAUAUCCACAAAAAUAAUAAUUAUCUCUAUUGUUACGUUUUUUUUUGUUUUUUUGAUGAUUGCCAUAAGCAUUUUUAUAAGAAAGUGAAAUUUUUCGUUUUCCCCAUAUUUUAGUUUUUUUCUUUUCAUUUUUACAUGUAUGUGAUGUUUUGAUUUUGGUUUUAAUGAAACAAAAGAUAGAAAUAAUAAUAAAGUUGAAUAUUUUAAACGAAUCUAUAUAGAUUGAUGUUUGAAUAAAAAAUCGCAUAAAUUUCCGAGUACCCUCAUAUGAACAUAUUAUGACUUCUAUUGAUCUUUUUUUCCGGAUGUUUAUAUUCGCAUUGGUUUUGUGAAAGUUUUUUUUUUAUUUUUUUUUAAUAUAAGCUAUAAAAGGGAUUAUUGUGGCUUUUUUGUACAUUUGUACAAAAUCAUAUCAUUGUUAAAUACGAGUUCAAUAAAAAUGGUAUCCAAACUUGGAUUAGCUGGUUGCUUGUUGGUUGCUGCUUUGAGCAUAUAUGGGAGCGAUGCCAAACCUGCAACAGAGUCUAGCAAAAUGACUGAUGCAAAAAAUGAUAAGUUCCCAGAAGAAGACUCGGAUAUGUUGAUGGAGCCAAAUGAUUUUUCGCCAGUCUCGGUGAUACGUUCACAAGGUCGUCAAUACUUCCCCUCUACAACGGACUUCUAUCAUGAAGAGCCACCGAAUACUGAAAUCGACCCACCACAUGCCGCACAAAACUUCUAUCCAUCUUUUUAUAGAGACUCCCCGCCACUAGGCCACUCUCGGCCCUAUUUCCCUCCACCACAUCCUCUCGAUGGACCCAUUCCGACUCCUCAAAAAUUCGCAGCACCAAUUCCAACCAGAGGAUUUGAUCCAGCAAUUUUGGGAUCUGGUGAUUUUGGUGUAAUCCGUGGUGGAACAUUUUAUCCAGAAGAUGAGAUGCCAUAUCACCCAGAGGAGAACAGUGAAUUCAAUCAAUUCUACGGCGAGAACGCAAACAAUGGCCAUGGCCGACCUCAGAGUGACGAAUUGGUCCAGAAAUUCACAUAUCCUGAGGAGCAGUUUGCAAAUUUCAGAGACUUUGCUGACAUCAACACCCCUGCCGACUCUGCUUUUUCACAAUUUGUUGUAGUCUACGCUGCCAAGAACGCCACCACACCUACUGCCCAGCAUCCUAGGCCGAAGAACAUCUUCGAGCAAUUGGAACUCUUGGACAAGGAAAAGGCGCUCGAAGAGAAGAAGAAUCGCACUAGUAAGUCAAAAGUCAAACUCACCAGUACAAAGCUCGAAAAGAAGUACAAAAAGAAAACAGCUCCAAAGGACCUAGACUACGAACCCCUCUUAGCGCUGAGUUAAACAUCCAUCAGAGUAGCCGUGUCGGGCUAUAUCCAUCGAGGACUUUCACCCUAAAUUAUCUAAGUUAAUAGUGAUGGUGAGAUAUUUGACCAAAUAUCUACCCGCAGCCACAUCUAAUGAAUUAUGUUUUUUUUAAUUUUUAUUUUUCAUUUUUAAAUUAUACCUAUCUUAUUUUUAUGUAAACAAAAUAUGUAACUAUUUUAAUAAUUUUAUUUUACCAUUGAUGCAACCGAUAUGGCAGCACGAAAGCGAAGCGACCGACGACGCGACGUGAUGCGACGCAUUUUGUUCAUUAAAUAAAUCAAUCACCUUAUUUUAUUUUUAUUUUAUUUUAAUUAAUUAUUAUUAUGUAUUUUUUCAUCAACCCCGUGAAACAUUUGAAUUCAUCAAAACAAAAAUAUAUGCAUAAUGUAUUUACAUAUAAAUUUAUUUACAUACUUAAAUUAAGUUAUGAAAUGUCAUUAAAAAACAUAAAAAGAAGAAGAACUACAACAAAAUAUAUUCCACUAUGUGUAAAUUAAAUUAAAACAAAAGAAGAAAACAAAAAUAAAAAUAAAAAGAACUAAUAUGCUGAUUUAUAAAGAGAAGUUAGGCUUAAUAUUUUUAGAUCUAAAGUCUAUUUUUGUAAGGCAUCUAGAAAUACAGUAAUGUGUAAUGUUUAUCUUAAUAAACUGAUUUAAUUUUUUUAA